AUGGUGCAGAACGUUCCCCCGCACCAAGCGGUACGACAAGCUGGGAGAAACCUCCCAAACGAGCCACCCAUUGGCUCCAUCAGCAAAAGGUUGGACGACAUGCUCUCCACGCCUUUUUGCUCUCAUAUUAUUCAUUACGAGCCCCCAAGGGGAUUCCUCGUGCCUAAAUUCUCCACGUACGAUGGGUCUACCGACCCCUUCGACCAUAUCAUGCAUUAUCGACAACUCAUGACUCUCAAUAUAGGAAAUGACGCGCUGCUAUGCAAAGUAUUCCUCGCCAGCCUACAAGGGCAGGCCCUCUCAUGGUUUCACCGCCUACCUCCCAACUCUGUUGAUAAUUUUAGGGACCUGUCGGAAGCCUUCGACAACGAAUCCUUGAGAGAGUUCGUGAAGCGGUUUGGUCAGGUCGUGCUACAGGUAGAGGCUUACAGCAUGGAUGCCGUCCUACGGAUCUUCAAGCGAAGCAUCUGUCCAGGCACCCCAUUCUUCGAAUCACUCGCUAAGAAGCCUCCUACGACGAUGGAUGACUUAUUCCGGCAUGCGAGCAAAUACUCAAUGCUCAAAGAUGACGUGCGAGCAGCCACCCAGCAAAUCUUGGUUACCGGACAGGCAUUGAGAAAUGGUGUGGAAAGAAGUGCCAAACCUCCGGACCGGCCAAGGCCGUCCGAUCGAAGGCAGGAAGGGCAAAGUCGCCCGGAACUGCUGCCCCUCUCACCCUUUUCCAUUUCCUAUGAGAAGCUUCUCCCUAUGAUCCAAGACAUGUCCGACUUCAGGUGGCCCGGACCCCUCAGAACGGACCCAUCCAAAAGGGAUCAUAGUAAGAAGUGUGCCUACCAUAAGGAGCAUGGUCACACAACGGAGACGUGCAGGAGCCUCCAUUAUUUAGUCGAAAGGCUCAUAAAGGCGGGACAUUUGAAGCAAUACCUCCGCUCAGAUGCCAGAGGUAGAGACGCUUCCCGAAAUCACAAUUCUGGAACCCCCAGGGUUCUAGCCACCCCCAAAGCCAUUAUAAACUAUAUUAACGGGGGCCCAUUGGAUGAGGAGUAUGACUACAAACGAAAGAGUCAGAGAUUGUUGCGGGCAGCAUCGAUGCGUGAACACUCGCACCGCGACGCCCUUAUUCUGUCCCUGGAGAUGGGAGACUUCGAUGUAAGACGCAUCCUAGUUGACCCGGGCAGCUCAGCUGAUCUUGUACAAGCAUCGGUAAUUAGCCACAUGGGACACAAUCUAACAGGCCUCGAAAACCCUGGGCGAAUCUUGUCCGGAUUCAACAGAGCGUCAACUACCUCCUUGGGAGAUAUUGUACUGCCGGUCCAAGCUGGCCCAGUCACUCUCAACGUACAAUUUUCGGUGGUACAAGAUUUAUCACCCUUUAAUGUCAUCUUGGGGCGCACAUGGCUGCACUACAUGAAAGUCAUCCCCUCUACGUAUCAUCAAAUGGUAAGCUUUCUUACCAAGGAUGGACAAAUCAACCUAUACGGCAGCCAGUUAGCCGCUCGCCAAUGCUACCAGAUAGCACGAGAAGUAGGGACUACCCAGGAGGAUAAACCCUUCCCUGAGUCCACCCAGGCACUUGACUAA